GGAAGCGCGUCAGCUCGGGCGGCUCCCUGGCUAGCGCGGUUCCCAUCGCGGCGGACCGAGUAGCGCCUCGCGGAUGCAACUAUGUGGGCGCUGGGGACCUGGGUGCUGCUGGGCGCCGUGUGCGCGGGUUCUGCCCAGUUGCAGUUCAAUGUAACCAAGUCUGUUGAACAAACCGCUUGUAAUAAAACAGUCAUCCUACCUUGCAUAGUGACUAAUCUAAUAAAGAACAAUAUUAAAGUCAUUUUUGUUAAAUGGAAACUAGAAAAAAAAGCAUUUUUCAUUUUUGAAGGAUCCACAGGAAAGAUCAACAGAAAUGAGAGUUUUUCAUCUGCUGAGUUAGAAUCUCCACAACAUUUAACGUUGGGCAUUGCCUCAUUGAAAAUCUCAAAAACGCAAGCAGUUCGAGGAAACUACAGUUGUGAAGUGACAGAAUCGAGUAGGGAAGGAGAAACUGUAAUUGAACUUAUAUACCAUAGAGUGCCGUGGUUUACACCAGUAGAAAAUAUUCUCAUCAUACUCUCCAUGGUCUUGGCUAUUUUGUUUUAUUGGAUUCAGUUAGCCGUUACUGUAUCAAAAUUUGAAACUACACUUCUGAAGAUCGGGUUAUUUAUUGCAGGAGUCGUCAUCACAAUUUCUGCUGUUGUUGGUUUUAGUCUUUUAAUUUCAGAACUUCCCAGAAAAACAAAAGAACUAACAACAAUCCAAGACUUCUGCUUGUAUGAUUUUAAACCAGAGAAUCAAAUUGGACUUGGCUUAAUUGUACUCCCUGCUGUGAUUUUAGUGCCAUGUCAGUACUUUCUGCUUCAGAUAGUUUAUGAGAAUAAUCUAUUGUUUGCAAUUGGUGUGGUAAUUCUGGAAUCACUUGGUUAUUUGAUUGCUGUCAUCGGAUUUGGCCUGUGCAUUACAGCAUGCCGCCCGAAAAAUGGUGCUGUCGUGAUAGCUGGCUUAGCCAUUAUGGCUCUUAUUGCACUUGUAGGCCUAAUUUAUGCGAUUAUUUCGGGUUACUGCAAGAAAGAACAACCUCCCAGGAAAGCUGUAGAAGAACCACUUAAUGCGAAAGUAACUGGCGAGAGUGACAGAAUCUGCUACAGAGGUGGUGAUAUGUGAAAAGAAAUACAUUUGUUUAUACACCGUGGCCUUUGAUGAUGCACUAGUCAAAGAGAAGAAAAUCAGGAACGUAGCUAUUUUGCACGUUUGGGGAAAAAAAAUGCUAAAAUGAUUUACAUGUAAUUUUAUAGUCACAGCAGCGGUAGUUCCAUUCAAGAGAGAGAGUUUUGUUGUUGUUUUUUUCCUGGAGUGUGUGGGGAGGGGGAGGAGGAGAGCAGAAAAUGCACUAUUUAUCGACCACGCAAUUUCUUUAUAGUGUCACUAUUAGUGGUACCCUUUUCAAAAAACAUCAGUCAUCGCUUUGAAACUGGGCCAGGUCAGUGACCAAAUGAUACUAGCACUAUGCUACUUGGACAGACCUUUGUGAUAAUUUAAACAGAUUGGUAUUGCAUGUUUCUCUCCUGACUCACCCUCUCUCCCCUCAAAUAUUAAAAAAAAUCCACUGUCGCUACUAUGAAGUUUAAUAUGAUAAAGGUUGUAAUUACAUUUAGAUUAGUGGGGGUUUGCGUGUGCAUGGGCAAGAUAUGUUCAUGCCUAUAUGGUAUGAAUAGGAAGUGGAUGUUGUACAAACGUUACUCUUUCCACUUCCAGUUUAUGUAUUAUAGAAAACAAUGGCACUUACCACACUGAAAAAACCUGCAUAAACAAAACCACGCCUUUUUUAAUGAUUACCCAAGUUCCCCCCACUCCCACAUACUAUAAUAGUCUCCUUGUAUAUAUAGUAGUUGUGUGGUGUGCUUUGAUUACUGAUAUUUUAGUCGGAUGUUUUUUGUGCCUCUUGUUGUAGUCUUGAUUAAAUAUUACUCACCCCGAGUCAAAUUCAGUGCUACGGUUGUUGGGCACAACCCAUUGAUUUCAUUGUUGAAGGGUACCCUACAAUGUUCAUAUGGUAUAGUCUGUGGUACCGAAACCAGUCUCAGGCUUUCUCCUUUGCAAACUGGCAUUUAAGAACCUCUUGAUGCUUUCAGAAAACGGAGAAUAAUCAAAGUUAGCAGCAAAUCUGCAUUUUAAAUCUGCCUCCUUAUUACCAAGAAUAUAUGCAUAAAAACAUGAGCUAUGUUAGUUCAUGGGAUCCUGCUACUUAUGCCUUAAAUGAAAUGGUCAUCCUGACUUUGUGAUAUUGUCAUUAUAUCAUAAACAGAAGACUCUUUCAAACAGGGAAUAAGUAAAUUCAGCUUCUGAGCGUAUUCAAGUUUUACAUAUAAAUUUUUUUUACAACCUAAUUAGAAUAAUUUCUUCAUGUCUUGUGUAGUCUGUGAGGCCUUGCUAACAGCUAUACUUUGCUUUCUUACUAGUUACAGUGGGUGAACCCUCAAUGUUCUCCUUUAACAAUUUUUUGUGACUAGAGAGAGCCAGGGCCAUGCUGCAGUUUGAUAUAGAGACCAUGGAAUUAACUGGGCGGGGGGGCGGGGGGGGGAAUAUGAUCCUACAGCCUACACUCACAUGCAUAGGCCCCAUGUGAGGACUGCAGGAUUGAGCACCUCAGCUAACCCACUUCACCCUAACAGAAGUCAAUGGGAUAUUCACAUGUGUAAAUGUUAGGGAGUAUAAGUUUGUAUUUGCUUUGUAAGGCUCUAUCCAUAUUGCUUUAAUUUUUUAAAGGUGUAUGGUUUUGGAAUGUGGUAUAGCAUCAGGGUAGUCAUAGAGAGUUGAAAUCCAUAUAUAUUAGUCCUUUAGUUAAGCCUCCCCCAUUAAUCAAAAUAGUCGAAGUAAGGUGUGGGAGACAAUAUGGAUCAUUAAUUAGAGGCAAGCCAGGGACUUCCCUAACAUUUAUGCAUGGGGCUCCUCAUCUACACACCUGUAGUUACUGAUAUCCUCUAGUAGUUUAUAGCAGCUCCACAAAGUAGCAGGCUUUGAAAUUCUGUUUUGCCUUACUCUUAAUAUAGCUUUAUAAUCAACUGUCAGCAAACUGGAAUUUAGCAGCCACUGUUGUGGUGAAGUCAAAUUCCUUUAAUAAAAUAUUACCAAAAAAAUUCAGUACCCAGUACUUGUCUAUUAAUCAUACUGCUGUAUGCAAAGGCUCUGCUUUGGAUUUCUCUUGGGCACCAGUUAAAAGUGGGUUAGUUAAUUUCUUAGUCACUUAACACUGCCUUCCCUCCAGUAAAAACCAAAGUUGUUUAAAUGACUGAUUCCAGUGUGUGUAUAUAUAUAAAUAAACCAUACUCUCAUGAUUUGGCAUUUUGGAUAUCUGCAAUCUUUACCCAAGUGUUGUUAUUUAUGAACAUAACUUUGUAAAUAUUGCACUAUUAUACUUAAAAUAAAACCAUAUUAAACUGU